AUGCCUCCCAAAGGCUCCGUGAAACCUGCUGCUCCGGCAUCAGGGCCUACGAAACCGACGAUGGUCGCCUCUGUCGCCUCUGUCGCCUCUAGCAACUUCGGCGUUGCGAUGGGGAUUUUGACACAGGUUGGUGAGCUUGUGCAGAAUGUGCCGUACGUGAAGGUCGUAGCGGCAUUGUUGCUUCAGAUCAAGCAGAUGAAAGAUGAUCUCGAUAAGUACAAGGACGAGUGGCAGAGCGUGAUGGACAAUAUCGAGAGCAUCCAGGCCAUCGUUGACGGAUUUCAUACGCGGUGCGUCGACGCUGGUAAACAGGAAGACGAGUUGCCCGAACACCUCCGCAAGGCAUUUAGAACACUCGAGAGCUGCAUGAUUAAAGUUCUCAAGUUGCUCGAAGAGUCCCAGUUCAAGGGCAGCUAUGCUAGGAAAACGAAGCUUUUCUUUAGCCGCGGCCGUCUUUCGGAGGCUAUCACGAAGUGCGGCCUGGAUGUUCAGAAGACACUCAGUUUGCUUCAACUUGAACUUCAAAUCUACACCACUGCGCAAAUCCAUGAUAUCUGGAUACGCAGCGGGGCGCAGCCCAAGUCUGCGAUCGUCACGCCUACCUCUCACGACCUUCCCUCCGAUCCUACCAAACGCAAUGGCCUCUUCGGCAGAGAGCGCGAGAUGGAGAUCAUCAUCGACAUGGUCGCGCAUCCUACCCCACCCGCCACUUCUGCGCAUAUCGCGAUCCUGGGCUCGGGCGGCAUCGGAAAGACGUCCCUUGCGCAGGCUGCUCUUCACCAUGCGCAGGUCGAGGCGCUGUUCCACGACUUGCGCUACUUCGUGCCCUGUGACGCGGCGACGUCCGGCGACGCUCUCCUGAUCGAGCUCGCAAAAGCCUUGGGCGUCCCUGUCGAGGGCGAGAAUCUGCAGAGCAGAGUGCUUGCGCACGUCAAAGCGAUGAAAUGCAUCAUAUGCCUUGAUAACUUCGAAACGCCCUGGGAAGCAGAUACGCGCCCUGUUGAAGAGCUUCUGGCGAAGAUCACUGCCAUGCCCGACGUCACGAUCAUUGUGACUAUCAGAGGUGCUCAACGACCCCUCAAUACUGCUUGGAUGGAGCCCCUAAGGCUACCUCCUAUACGGCCCUUAGAUGAGGAAGCCGCAAUGAAAAUAUUCGAGGCCAUCUCCGGCCACUCUGAUGACUAUGCUCUCCGCUUGACGAAGGCGGUCGACCGUGUCCCUCUGGCUGUGACUCUCCUGGCUCACCUCGCGCAGAGCGAGCAGACCGAAACGCUGUGGGAGGAAUGGAACGAAAACUAUACGUCCAUGGUCCAGCGGGCCGGCGAUCAUCGCCUGGACAGCCUCGAGUGCUCCAUCCAGAUGUCUCUGCGGAGCUUUCGGAUGACAAAGAACAAAUCCGCCAGGCUCGUGCUCAGCCUGCUCAGCCUGCUCCCUGCGGGCAUGCAGCUGUCCAAAGUAUCCGUGUUCCAGACUGCGAUCGCGUCCAUCCCCGAUAUCCGCAAGUCGCUUUCGACCUUACAACAGUGCGCACUCGCCUACUCGGACAACGCGUACGUCAAAGUGCUUUCGCCGAUCCGGCUGUAUAUGCAGAAAGAACGGCCUCUCUCGCGGGUUCAGAUGCGCGAGCUCGAAGCCUAUUACCUGUCUUUGGGGCUGCAAGGCUCCAACUACUUCUCUGUCGACACGCGGAAAGAGCUCCACCCUGAGAUCGGAAACAUAGAUGCUAUAUUGUCGUCUGCCCUGGAUUCAUCCCAUGACGAAGGCGUCGCCGCGUCGAUCUUCUCCUUUGUCAAAUUUUGCCAGUAUAUCAACCUGUAUGAUCAACGGCUGCUCACGACAGCCGUUCACAAGGCAGACAGGCUCGGCUUCUCGGCUUCAGUCCGAGGCGACGGCCACUAUCUAUGGGCGAUGUCAUCUUACUUCCUUUCUCAGUGGAAAGAUGCGCAGGCGAAGCUUGAAACUGCACUGAAGCUUCACAAACAAGGUGCAGACGAACUAGGCCAAGCCAAUGACCUCUGGAGAUUAGGAGAUAUAUUGUAUCUACUUGAUAAACCAACCGAGGCCGAAGAAACUCUCGACGAUGCCUAUGAUCUAAAUGUCGCUCUGAGGAACAGUGCUGGUCAAGGAUAUGUCUUGCAAUCCCUGGCGCAACUACAUCUCGGCCUCGAACAGCUGAAUAAGGCGGCAGACGAAUUGACGGCUGCACGGUUGGCGCAAAGCAGAGCAGACAACAAGCUGGGACAAGCCAACGUCAUGUACGCGACGGGGCAGUUGUAUCUAAGGCUUGGGAAGCUGGACGAGGCCAAAGACGUGACAAGGAGAGCGAUGGAUAUUCACCUCGAAGUGGAAAGCUUCAUCGGAUACGCCUACGACUUGGUUGUACUAGGAGAAGCCUACCGAAUGCUCAAAAAUUAUCCUGAGGCAGAGAUAACUUUCAUCGAGGCGGUGCAAUCUCAUGAAAAGACUAGAGAUGUUUUGGGUCAGGCAAAUGCACUUCAGUGCUUAGGACAGGUUCACCUGCAUCUUCAAGAUUUAGCCAAGGCAAAACACGAGCUCACACAGGCACUGGAUCUUCAUACGAAAAUAGACGAGCGCCUUGGGUUAGCGAACGAUUCUCAACUCUUGGGUGUCCUCCAUCUUCAGCUCGAUGAACCUCUGUUGGCUCAAGAGAUGUUUGAAAGAGCUCUGAAGAGGCAUUGCGAGGUCAAUGACCUCCUCGGUCAAGCUAGCGAUCUGUAUCACCUAGGCAAAGUUCACUGGAAGCUCGGGCAUCCAGAGAUGGCAGUAGAGUCACUUAAGGGUGCAGUCGACCUUUAUACAACCCUUGGGACGGGCGUGAUCUUGCUGCUUGGGGAUGCACAGUACCUGUUAGGAUCCGUUCAUUUUGCACUCAAUCAAACAGAUAGAGCAUUUGAUGCUUUUGAGGGCGCUCGUCGGGCCCAUGAGGAGGUUGAAGAUAUGCAGAGGACAGCAGAUGACUUUAGGAGCCUAGGUCUGGUCUACGUGCGACGGCUUCAAUUGGAGAAAGCAGUGGAGAUGCUAAUACAAGCCUUCGACUUACAUGGAAUCACACAGGAUGCUGUUGGUCAAGAACAAGAUUCUGGGCUUCUGGAUGUUAUAAAACCCUAUCUCCAGACCACCAAAAUUGUCGAGGGUGACCGAUGA